UUGAAAUUUUUCUUGACCGGUUUCUUCCGAAGUGCAUACACUCAGCCAAAACAACUUUUAAAACAUAUAUGGCCAGCCAUAUAACCAGUUGAGAAAUCAUUAAUUUUUCAAUUCAUAAGGCGACCUUAUACAUAUUCGCUUAGCUUUCAAUUUUAUAAGGUAUGCUUAUGACUUUGAUACACAUUGUUUAUGUGAAAAAAUCAUAAUCUUGCCAUAUAAAAUCAAACGUGAAGAUGGCCGUUUCGUACGACGAGUUGACACUCAUCGCUGAUCUUUUCGGAGACGCUCCGGCGGAAUCAGAACGUGUUUUCUCGCAGUUCGGCCUAACUACAGUUGAUUUGGUGACUAUUGGCCAGACGGCAUUCGAAAAGCGCCUCGGAUUGCUUUUCCCGGAAACAAUUUGUUUGUUUUGGGAAGCAAUUGUUCGUUAGACCGGAAUGUAAGAAUAUUAACAAAAUUUGUGAUUUAGGUAAAUGAGUUUUAUAUUCAAUACUUUACAGAACUUAACGAGUGUGACUGUCCAGGAGCAGUUCGAAACAAAUCCAACCCAAGAUCCAGCCUCACCGGAAGAGGGACUUAGUCAGGAUUAUAUUGAGGUAAAGUUCAUUCCGGACCGUGAAACAGGGUCUGAAUUGGUCGAAAGCGAUCCAGACGACGAGGAAGUGAAUCCGGGCGUCUUAGAAAUGAGUUCCUUGGAAGAGCUUAAAACCAUUGCCCAGUUCCACCAUGGUUCUGGGACACUUCAACCAAAGACGUCGCUUCAACGGUCCGCUGAAUUCGACAGCACUGCUGCAGGCAGCCAAGAAGUGAUAGUAGCCAGUACGCCCCAAGCGGCCAGUACGCCCCGAGCGGCCGGCAAGUCCCGAGCGACCUACACAUCCAAGGCAGCUGACACGUCCCAAGCGGCCGGCACGACCCAUACAAACCUCCCGUAA